CCUACUUUGGCAACCGGAAGUGUCGUGGUGGCGUCAGAGAGAUAUGGUUACGACGAACGUUGUCAUGAGUGGUGCUGGUUAUCAGACACUCACUGGCAUUUCUACUCCUUCCUUGUGCCUGUGAUAGUUCUAGUCGUGGCCCAGUUAAUUCUCUGCACAUUCAGUGUCAUCACUGUGCGGGGAUGGAAAGAGGAAUGGAGAUAUAAAGAUAGAAGGAAACAUAUGUUCACCGCCGGGAAGUGUGGCGUCCUGCAGGUCCUCCUGACCAUGUCGUGUGUGUCAGGAACCUUCAUUGAGCACAGUUCCAACACUCCCUUCUUGUACAUGUUCCUUCUUGUCGAGAUUAUUUUAGGAACGACAGUAUUCUGCUUUCUUGUCCUUAUGAAACGUCAGAUUCGUUUGUCCAUUAAGUACAUGUUGAACGGAUCUGAGAAGUCGGAAAUGACAAGGAAAUUUUCUUCGAGGUCUUUCAAAGCAUACAUGAUGCCAGAGAAAAUUGACGAGCAACAUGAGACUAUAGAGGAAAGCAUCCACAGACAUCAGAGUGAGAUCAACCGCAAUAAAUUCACGCGAGAACGUAAGAAGCAGUUAGAGCAUCUCCUUGGCAGCUCAUCCUCUGGUGGUUCCGCCUCAGCUUCCGGUUCCGGUUCUGCGUCGGACAAUAGCCGAGAGAGCCAGAUCCGGUUUGUGAUUACCCCUCACAGGGAAACCCCCGCGGAUUCUGGAAUAUCGGACAUUGACAUCAGUGAAAUAUGUUCCAUGAAGAACACUGUAGAUAUCCAUUACAUUUCCCCAGUCCCUGAAGAUCAGGAUGGAUGUGAUGCAGAUGUGGAUGAUGAUGUGGAUAGUCCUUCUGAGAUCCUGGUGUGUGCCUCCCGUAUGGCUGAUGGGUCUUUAGUGACUCUGCAUACAUGAUCCCUAACUUUACAUUCCAAUAACAGCAUGAGUGUGCAUAUCGUCGUCUUGUAUGUUUCCUAUUUUGUAUCCGGUGUCCGUCAAUAAUGGACUGUAACUUACUCAAUGGAACCUGCAUAAUUGUUUUAAUCCGCCUUUGCGACUUACCUACAUUCAUAAUGCAGCAUGGCUAAGUGAUGUGAAAGUGAUAGAUCCCCAUUCAUCAGGGACCGGGCAUUUGGGGAGGGGAACUGGAGAUCGGAGGAGGGGGGUAUUUUGAAAUUAUAAUGUUUGUUCAAGGUGAUAUUGACAAAAACGACUUUCUUUAUAAAUAUGUUCACUGCAUGUGCUAAAACAAAAUAUGUUGCCCGAAAAGGGUCGGCUCUUCCCACCAGAGAAAAAUAUAUGUGUUCCAGAAACAGACAGAAACAUUAGCAGUCCCUUGUCUAGCAAUCUCUCUCCGAUUUCCAAUACUUCCAGUUCCAAAACUUCAAUGGGCGUCCCUAAAUGGGUAAAUUGUAUAUAAGUUUAAACCAUUUUUAAUGUGCUC